AUGGCAAUCACCGAGCCCGUGUCCGAACUACUCGAAGCCCUGCCGAACUAUUCGAACGUUGAUGACAAGGACUUACUCGAAGAAAUUCCUGACGAGAAAGCAAUGGAAGGAGUCAAAGAAGCCUGGAGAGCUGAAGGAUAUGCAGACCCAAUGCUGCGUAAAUGGCUCCGUUAUCAGACGAUCGACCGAGCGCCAUGGGUGAGAGAGGAAGUCGAAACUCUUCUCAACACGAUACUGCAUGUUAAUCAGACUGAAUCGCGACCUACGGACACUGAACCGCAAUUUGCGAAGCUGUAUGGUCCGUUUAAGAUACUUCGGGGAACAUUACCGAAUAAGAAGCAACACGCGACUCACCCCAUGGCGUUCAUUGGCGGCGCCCAAGGGGGCCACCUAUACUAUGACACCGCGAGCCAGGGAAUAAGCUUGAAGCUUGACUUCAGGAAUGACCCGAGGCAUAAACACGCUGAGGAGGGCAUCGUGAAGAUGGAAGAAAGAGGUUGGACUUUUCGAGACAUGGGUAAACAUCGUCUCGGACGAAGCGCUUUGGAUCGAAGCACCCAUUUGACUGAAUACGAGGAUAUCUACAAGUCUGCACGCGAGCGUGUAGGCAAGAGCAACGAAGAACUUCCAAAAGAGUGGAAUCAAUAUUUUGGCGAAAGACGGCGGGCAGUCGAGACGUACACUUGGCUGGAAGAAGAUGGUCGUAUUACGGAGAUCAACAACAUCGCAGAAAGCACGCUUUCCCAGUUGGACCCUCCCGAACUAUUGUCCAACUGGGUUCACGACAAGCUGAGCGGUCACGAAGACGUGAUCCCAAAAGACCAGUGGGAGGCAAGGGACCUUCUCAAGGCGGAAUUGGAUCUCUGGUUUGGCGGAUACAAGCAGAAAUGGGACGAUGAUCUAUGUCACCUUUUGUAG